AUGGCCGCCCUCCCUUCCUACGAGGCAAAGCCUCUCAUUGUAAACAGAGGCGCGCCGGGCAUCAGCUACUACACACCCGCCCAGAUACCGCCGUCCGGCACAGCUAAGGACCCCCAGUCUGAUGGCAGCCCCAUCCCCAAGCUCUUCCAACCCCUCAAAAUCCGCGGAACCACAUUUCAAAACCGCAUCUUCGUGUCGCCUAUGUGCCAGUACUCUGCUCAGAACGGUUACCUGACCGACUGGCACCUGACCCAUCUGGGGGGCAUCAUCCAACGAGGUCCCGGUCUCACAAUCGUGGAAGCAACUUCUGUAACACCCGAGGGUCGCAUUACCCCAGAAGACAGCGGACUCUGGGAAGACGGACAAAUUGCCCCGCUCAAGCGAAUCGUCGAGUUCGCCCACAGCCAGAACCAGAAAAUCGGUAUUCAGCUCGGCCAUGCGGGCCGUAAAGCAAGCACUGUUGCUCCUUGGUUGAGCCGAGGUGACACUGCACAGAAGGAGGCUGAUGGCUGGCCCGACGACGUCCUUGCACCCUCGGCCAUCGCGUUCCAGGACACAUACCCCAGCCCCAAGGCAGUCACCAUCGAGGAUGUCGAAAGAAUCAAGAGCGCAUUUGCCGACGCUAGCAAGAGAGCCGUGGAAGCUGGUUUUGAUGUCAUUGAGCUGCACGGCGCGCACGGCUAUCUCAUCCAUGAGUUCCUCAGCCCCAUUAGCAACACACGAGACGACGAAUAUGGCGGAUCCUUUGAGAACCGAACACGCUUUGCCAGAGAGACCGUUGAGGCCAUCCGCGCUGUAAUCCCAAAGGAGAUGCCCUUGUUCUUCCGGAUCAGCGCAGAUGACUGGCUCAGUGGACAGAAGGAGUAUCCGGACAGCUGGACGGUGGAUCAGACUGUCAAAUUCGCACCCAUCUUGCGCGAUUUGGGCGUGGACCUGCUAGAUGUAAGCUCAGGCGGUGCCCAUCCUGCUCAAAAGAUCACAGGCGGUCCAGGCUAUCAAGCCCCCUUUGCCAACGCCGUCAAGAAGGAAGUUGGGGAGUCUUUACUGGUUGGCACGGUCGGCUCGAUCACCAGCGGCACCCUCGCACAGGAGUUGCUCGAUCAAGGUCCCGACGUCGCUUUUGUUGGGCGCUUCUUUCAGAAGAAUCCAGGUCUGGUGUGGCAAUUUGCGGAGGAGCUCGGCAUUGAGAUCACGGCUGCGCAUCAGAUCUCUUGGGGCUUCCAGGGCCGCAUCGGCGGUAAAGGCAAACCCCCGUUGAAAUCUGCUCGUUAG